AUGGAGCCAAAGGAUAACUUGAAAGCACGCCUUGACCUAGUAGAGAAAGGUAUAAGAAGCAAACUACACCCACAAACGAUAGGUUCUGACAGGACAUAUUUGCCACCAACUUGCUUCUCCAUGGUUCCAAAAGAGAAAGAUGAUUUCUUGAAAGUUUUGAAGGGGAUUAAAGUGCUUAACGGUUAUGCUUCGAAUAUUACAUGUUGUAUAAAACUCAAACAACGUAAAAUUGGAAGUUUGAAGAGUCAUGAUGCUCAUGUAAUGAUGCAGCAACUUCUUCCGAUAGCAUUACGAGGCUCUUUGCCAAAGAAAGUGGUCUUACCAUUAAUUGAGCUUUGUUGCUACUUUAGAAAACUAUGUUCCAAAGUCUUACAAAUAGAAGAGCUUGAGCGACUCGAGAAGCAAAUAGCAAUGACUUUAUGCAACUUAGAAAAAAUUGUCCCUCCCUCAUUUUUCACAAGUAUGGUGCAUUUAGUCGUUCAUUUGGCUACGGAGGCUAAAAUUGCUGGGCCUGUUCAUUACCGUUGGAUGUAUCCAAUUGAGAGGUAUCUCCAGCGAGUUAAGUCAUAGGUUCGCAAUAGAGCCCACCCCGAGGGUUCUAUUGUAGAAGGAUACAUAGCAGAAGAGUGCCUACCAUUCUAUUCAUGAUAUUUAGACUCGGUCGAGACCGUAUUUAAUCGACCGUCGCGAAACGUUGAAGAUGCUUCUGGGUCGAUAACGAAUUUCAAACUUGAUCAAAAGUCGCGGACACAAGCACAUUGUUAUGUGUUAUUCCAUAGUGAUGAAAUAAUUCCAUACCGCAUGUAAGUGACAUUUUGGACUUUAGUAACAACCACUAACAUGUGCUCCAUUUAGUAUUUAUAACGAUAACAACAUAGUUUUCUAUUAAUAGGGAACACGAAGAACAUAUAGAGAGACAAAGUCACCCUCGUUGCCUAAGUGAUGAAGUUGUCAACAAGAUUCACAUGGAAAAGUUUUGUGAUUGGUUCAGAUUAUAUGUAAGUAUUGUCCUAGUAACUAUAAUAAUUGUCUUAUUCAAAUAUUUUGAAAAGAUAGUGCUGGUUAGUGUUUUAAUCAUCAUAUCAAUGUCAGGUUGGG